CCCUCUUUACUCCCAGCAAGCUGUGCGGAACGCCGGGCCUCUUCCCCUUUGUGCCAUCCGGGUCUUUUUGCCCGAGUUGUUCAGUCUGUGGCGAAGCGUCAGGGCGACUAGUACUGUUGAGAGCGGCAAGUAGAGGAGCCGCUUUAGCGGCCAGGACUCUGACUAUGGAGGCUAGUGAUACAGAGCGAGAUGGACUAGCCCCAGAAAAGACAUCCCCAGAUAGCGAUAAGAAAAAAGAGCAGUCAGAUGUAUCUGUUUCUCCUAGAGCCUCAAAACAUCAUUAUUCAAGAUCACGAUCAAGGUCAAGAGAAAGAAAACGAAAGUCAGAUAAUGAAGGAAGAAAACACAGGAGCCGGAGCAGAAGCAAAGAGAACCAACUUCUUCUUAAACAGGCAAGAAGACAUGAAUCCAAAGAUAAAUCCUCUAAGAAACACAAGUCUGACGAACAUAAUGACAAAGAACACUCUUCUGAUAAGGGAAGAGAGCGACUAAAUUCAUCUGAAAAUGGUGAGGACAGACACAAACGCAAAGAAAGAAAGUCAUCAAGAGGCAGAAGUCACUCAAGAUCUAGGUCUCGUGAAAGGCGUCAUCGUAGUAGAAGCAGGGAGCGGAAGAAGUCUCGAUCCCGGAGUAGGGAGCGGAAGAAGUCAAGAUCCAGAAGCAGAGAGAGGAAGAAAUCACGAUCCAGAAGCAGGGAAAGAAAACGCCGAAUCCGAUCUCGUUCCCGCUCAAGAUCAAGACACAGACAUAGGAGUAGAAGCAGGAGUAGGACAAGGAGUAGAAGUCGAGAUAGAAAGAAGAGAAUUGAAAAACCAAGAAGAUUUAGCAGAAGUUUAAGUGGAACUCCUAGUCCACCUCCCUUCAGAGGCAGAAACACAGCAAUGGAUGCACAAGAAGCUUUAGCUAGAAGAUUGGAAAGGGCAAAGAAGUUACAAGAACAACGAGAAAAGGAAAUGGUUGAAAAACAGAAACAACAAGAAAUAGCUGCAGCAGCUGCAGCUACUGGGGGUUCUGUUCUCAAUGUGGCUGCCCUGUUGGCAUCGGGAACGCAGGUAACUCCUCAGAUAGCAAUGGCAGCUCAGAUGGCAGCCCUGCAGGCUAAAGCUUUGGCAGAAACUGGAAUAGCUGUACCUAGCUAUUAUAACCCAGCAGCUGUGAAUCCAAUGAAAUUUGCUGAACAAGAGAAAAAAAGGAAAAUGCUUUGGCAAGGCAAGAAAGAAGGGGACAAAUCCCAGUCUGCUGAAAUAUGGGAAAAGUUGAAUUUUGGAAACAAGGACCAAAAUGUCAAAUUUAGGAAACUAAUGGGUAUUAAGAGUGAAGAUGAAGCUGGAUGUAGCUCAGUUGAUGAAGAAAGUUACAAGACUUUGAAGCAACAGGAAGAAGUAUUUAGGAAUCUAGAUGCUCAGUAUGAAAUGGCAAGGUCACAGACCCAUACACAAAGAGGAAUGGGAUUGGGUUUUACAUCAUCAAUGCGAGGAAUGGAUGCAGUUUGAAAAAGAUCGCUUAAUGUUUGGAACUUUCUAAACUUCUGGUUCUGAUGUCAGGUCCUUGUUCACCAAACAGCUAGCAUUCUAGCUUGCAUGGGUGUUGCAUUGACUUUAAUUUAUUGAAAAAUAACGAUUUUUUUGUAAAUAUCAGAUCAGUGAUACUGGUGUUAGUGUUGUAAUUAGGUUAAACCCACUUCCAUUAAACUUGACAGGACUAUAGAAGGACAAUAUUUUUUAGUUCAUGAAUUCUACUUUCAAAAUAUAUAUAAAAGCUGCAGGUGGGAUAAAAAUCUCAUACAUGGAUUUUUUCGUGUCCGCUGUCUUGUGUACUUUUGUACUUAACCUUGUACAGUUAUUUUCAUCUCUUGAAACAUGAAAGAAAUGUUAUGUAGAUGUUCUUUAGAAGAUCUGGCCAUUUGGUACAUACCAGCUCAAAUAAGCUGGGUGGUGAUGAAAAUAAAAAUGGUUUUCUCAAAA